GUCAUGCUGUAUUUCCAACAAUCUAUAGAGAUAUGAAGGAACCUAAACAAUAUCCAAAGAUGGUGAACAUUACUUAUGCAAUGACUGCUAGCAUUUAUUUGAUAAUGGCAUGUUGCGGUUAUUUAAUGUUUGGCAGAGAAACCAAAGAAGAGAUUAUUCAAAACAUCAUGGCAACUCCUGGUUACAACAAAUUCCUUAACCAAAUCGUCGUCUGGAUGAUUGCCAUCAAUCCAUUGGCUAAAUACGCUCUUACGCUCAACCCAAUCAAUCUAACUUUGGAAAUAUAUUAUUCUUCCAUUCCGGCGGUUGGCGAAUGGUAUAACUCGGGACGUGGUCGCAGAACGGCUCUCACAAUUGCAACUCGUUUAUUGAUAUCUACACUCGUCGUUUGUUUGGCAAUCCAAUUCCCCGGGUUUGAUAAGUUGUUUGGGUGGGAGCUGUCGUUCCGACAAAAGUUACUAGAUUACUUUAUCAUUGUCACAUGUACCUGUCUAGCCUCUCUCGGUACUCUCUGGGCUAUUCUUACUUGA